AUGGCAGCCGAAAACUUUCAGCAGUGGACGGUUGAUGAACCGUAUCUCAACAUUCACUGCAAGCUUGGAGAAGGUCCCUACUAUGAGAAGGCAACCAACACCUUGCGCUGGGUGGACAUUAUCAACCAGCGUGUGCACACGGUGUCUCUCACCGAUGGGCCAGAGUCGGUCAGGACCAUCCAGCUGGACACGCCCGUGGGUGUCACGGCGGAUGUGGAGGGGGUUGACCCCCAGGAAAAGAUACUUGUCGGCAUCAAGUACGGUAUCGCCUUGCUUGACCGCAAGACGGGCAAAUAUGAGUACAUCGCCAGAUUCAGUUCAGCCGAUGGACAGGACAAUGAGCGCCUGAGGAGCAACGAUGGCGCAGUCGAUCCCCAUGGCCGCUUCUGGCUGGGCAACAUGACUGAUUUCAAUAAGGGCGAAUUUCAGACUGAAGGCGGCCUUUACCUCUUUGAUGGGAGGGGAAAGCCAUCGCAAACCAAGAAGAUUGUGCCGGAUCUUAUGAUCCCAAACAGCAUUAGCUGGUCUCCCGAUAAUAAGACGCUGUAUUAUACGCACUCCAACGCCGGGAAGGUCUAUGCUUACGACUAUGACACGACCGAUGGCAGCGUGUCAGGCCAUCGAAUUUUCUACGCACAUGAAGGGUCGGGCGGGCCCGAUGGCCACCGCGUGGACAAGGAUGGUAACAUGUGGCACACGGUGUAUGGGGAGAGCCGAGUCCUGAAGCUCUCGCCGGAGGGGAAGCUCAUCGGUCAGAUCAACCUGCCGACCAAGAACAUCACGUGCUGCGAGUUUGUGGGGUCGGAGCUCUACAUCACGACAGCGAAUGACGAUGAGGGCGAGGGCAGGAGCAAGGAGCUGGGAGGAGCACUCUUCAAGGUGGAUGUCGGGACCACUGGCCUCGAGCCAUUCAAGUUCAAGCUUGGUGCCUGA